AUGUAUCCGUUAAAGAAUAGUCUGAAUUUGUUAUUAUUUCUUAGCAUUUCAUUAGUUGAUUCAUCUUUACUAAGUGAUAUUUUAAAUAUUGAAAAACUAAAAGAAGUAUUUGUUGCAUAUGAAGCGAAUCUUCACAAGACAUUGAAGGUUGCACCACCUUAUGUAGAUUGGAGAGUUAAUGGCAAAGUGUCGCCUGUCAAAAAUCAACAAACUUGUGCUGCAUGCUGGGCCUUUAGUGUUGUUGCUAACAUAGAGAGUCAUCUGCAGAUCUAUCUUCAACAAAACGUUACAUUGUCUGAACAGUUUCUGAUAGACUGCGUCCCAAGCAGCAAGGGAUGUGGUACAGGAUCCUUGAUACAGACGUACGCCGAAAUAGUUUCUAUUCUUGGCGGUGUACUGUCAGAAGACAAUUAUUUUCCUUAUGCCAAUACGAAGUUGGAAUGUAGAUGGCGUAAGAGUGCCAGUAAACCAGUACCAGUGAUUGGCUUCAAACGCGUUUAUCCCAACGAAGACGUCAUGGUUGAAUACCUUGCCUCCCACGGGCCGCUUUCAGCUGCAAUAAAUUCAAAAUCAAUGCAAAGUUAUGGUGGAGGCAUCGACGAGCCCUCUGAUGAAAAAUGCUCGCCGAAACAUCUGGAUCAUUCGGUCCUUAUUGUCGGAUACAGUACGUAUGUUUCAAAGGAGACCGGUAAAUCUACCCCGUACUGGAUUAUAAAGAACUCUUGGGGAACAAAUUGGGGAGAUAAAGGGUAUUAUUACUUAGUACGUGGUAGGAAUGCUUGUGGAAUAGCAAGCGAUGUAUCCUUUGCUUAUGUUCAAUAA